AUGUCUGCUAUUAACGUCGGUGCUGCAAUAUACAUUGCAUUGAAACCAAUUUUAAAGAUCUAUACAAUCAUUCUCGUAGGAUUUUUAAUUGCUAAAUUCAAUAUUGUUACAAUGGAAACCGCAAGAGGUAUUUCCAACAUGGUCGUUAACGCCAUCUUACCGUGUUUGACAUUCAAUAAGAUCGUUGCCAGUAUAUCUUGGAGAGACAUUAAAGAGAUCGGUGUUAUUGUCCUUUCUGCCAUUAUAUUAUUUGUUCUCGGUGGUGUAUUUUCUCUGUUUGCCAAAUUUACGACACCUGUUCCUAAAAAGUGGUUUUGGGGUAUCAUGUUUGCAGGUAUCUUUCCUAAUAUUUCAGAUUUGCCCAUUGCUUAUUUACAAAGUAUGGGGAAUGGUACUAUUUUUACGGCGGACGAAGCUAAUAAAGGUGUCGCAUAUUGCUGUAUUUUUUUAUUUACUCAAAGUUUCUUAAUGAUGAAUUUUGGAAUGUGGAGAAUGGUUGGGUUAGAUUUUAGAGAAAGAGGUAAGAAAGACGAUGAACAUAUAGAUUUGGAAGAAGGUUCAUCGUUGGAUGAAAAGGAACAAGGAAAUGGGAAAAACGUAUCUACCAGUGACAUUAGCCAAAAUGAAAGUUUGAAAAAUACUCAAGUACCUCUUAAUGAGCCUGCAAAUCUUGAUGGAUCAGAUUUAGAUUCAGGAUAUCCGUUAAGUGAUUUGAAUAGUGAUCAGCUUUCUGAUGAUGAUGAGAACCCAUCUAUUGAUUACGUUAGACAAUAUGAUGAUAAACGCUCCAUUGAUAGUAUGAGUGAAAGGAUCCUGCCCUUAAAAAAUGCUCACCUUAGAAGAGAAACAGAAGGCAGCAGCGCCUAUAGAAUAUCUUCAAUCACUUCAUCUCCAAGUGUACUUCAAACAAUUGGGAUAAGGGAAGAAUUAAAUAAAAGUCGCCAUUCCCGUACAAGAAGAAUGUCGACUUUGAGGAAAAGAAGACCCACCAUGAACGAAGUUAUUGCCGAAUAUAGUGUGGUUGAUAAACUUAAGAAUGGUGAAUUAGAUUUGACUAGACCAUUAUCACUAAUCGAGGAUAUUGGUGAUACAAAUGCUUCACUAGGUGGGAGCAAUAUACAUAACGAAUCCGACGAAGAAGAUGAUAGAGCUAAAGUGGUAACAACGUCACACGAAGACGAUACCAAGUUAACAUUUAAGGAAAAAAUGUCUGAUUUCAUUAAAAGACAUAAAUUGGGCUGGCUCACUUACAUUAUAGUGAAUUGUUUUAGACCCGCUUCCUUGGGGGCCUUACUGGGUAUUAUUUGUGCAUUAGUUCCUUGGCUAAAGGCGCUAUUUGUUGCAACAUAUGUGCACGUCCAUAUGGCUCCUGACCAUGAACCUGUGUUGAAUUUCCUCAUGGAUUUUACAGAAUAUAUUGGAAAUGCCUGUGUUCCAUUGGGACUGCUUAUGUUGGGAGGUACUCUGGCAAGAUUGGAGAUUACAGCUUUGCCAAAGGGUUUUAUAAGGUCUGCUAUUUUGAUGACGGUCGGUAGAUUAGUUAUUAUUCCAAUUAUUGGAAUCCUAUGGGCUAAUAAGCUUUAUACCAUUAAUUGGCUAGACUCUAGGAUCAGUAAAUUUGUUGUCAUUUUAACAUUUUCCAUGCCAAGUGCAACCGCUCAAGUUUAUUUCACCGCCUUCUAUACACCAACACAAGGAUCUCACUUACAAUUGGAUUGCCUUUCAGUGUUCUUCAUGAUCCAAUAUAUGGUCUUAUUUAUUUCACUAUCAUUUGUGAUCACUUAUACAUUGAAGGUUGAUUUGAAAGUCUGA